UAAUGAUAGCUACUGAAAUUUUAUCUGAUAAGGUAUUAAAUAUGUUAAUAUCAUCUUAGCCAGAAGACUAAUAUUAAAGACUAGAGAAAGCUGUAAAUUUAAUUAAUGUAUAAUAUAUUAGAUGAUUGAAUUGUUCAAAUAUGAUAAUUUAUUAAAUAAUGAGUAUUUAGUCAGAAAAUUUGAGACUGAUAUUAUGAAGCCUGAGUGGUAUUUACUACAAUAUGUUGUGGUAUAGAGAGAAAAUUCGAUAAAAAGCUAAUAUGUUUAAAACGAAUUAAACACUCGUAAAAAAUAUCAUUUAAUUUUAACUGAUGUAUAGAAUAUACUUAUAAUUUUAGAUUCUAAACAAAUACAACAAAUAAUUAUGGAAUUAUGAUCAUCAAAUGUUAAUCAUACGUCCUUAUUUUCCAACAGAGAGAAAGAGAAUAUAAAUAAAAAUACCAGCUAUUUAAGUAUCAAUAAUUAAAGGUACAUUAUAAAAAUCUGGCUUUGUAAAAGAAGAAUUAGUAUUUGAAGAAGAAAUUUAUUAAGCUGACAAAAGUUAUGUUAAAUUAAUAUUAACAUCUUAAACUGAAGGUUAUGCAAUUGAAAUAUUUGAUUUUCUUAUGUCUAAAAAAGCAGAACUUCAAAUUGAUUCUGUAAUUAUGUAAAAUGUUGAUUAUUUGGAUGAAUUUCAUAAAUAAAUUAAUUCAAAAAAAUGUUAAAUGAUGACUAAAAAAAUAGAAUAAUAAGAAUAUGAUCCAUAAGAAUAUAAAAGAAAUGAUUAACAUGAAGAAUAAGAAAAAGAUCAUCAUUAUUAAAAAUCUAGAGGAAGAGGAAAUAGAGGAAGAGGAAAUUAUGGAUAUUAUAGAAAUGAUAAAGAUGAUGAUAGACAUGAAGAGAAAUAUUAGAAUAAAGAUAAAGGAGAUAGAUAAGAUAGAUAAGAUAAAAAUGAAAGACAUGAUAGAAAUGAUAGAGGAGGAAGAACUUAUGAUAGAAGAGGAGGAUAAAGAGAUAGAGGAAAUAAUGUAAUUGUUUCAAUUUUAUUAUUUUAGUAAUAUGUAUAAAAAAGUGAUGCUCAUCAUUAAUAAUAAUAAUAAGAACAGUAACAAUAACAUUAUCAAUUGAUUCCUAAAGCAGUAUUAUAGAAGACUCCAAAAUAAAACAUUAAGCCAAACACAUUGAAUGCUCAUGAUUUCCCUUCCCUAGAUUCUGAAUAAAAGAGUUGAGUU